AUGAAUAUUUCAUUCGCUGCACUUGGACACGAAGAGUGCUUCACUGGUGCAGCAUUAAAAAAUCAUGAAAGCAGCACCAAUCACGACUCCAAGAAUUUGAAAAAUGACUGGGCCAACUGUAAAUCAUGUAAUAAACAUAUUGGAAUAACGAAGUCAGCUCGACAACAAUAUCAAAUUGACGCUGAAGCUGAUAAUCCCUACGUACUGGCAUGUUCAGCAAAUCUUCAGAAGGUUAAUUUUGAAAAUGGAAAGCAGUCAUUAUCCUACAAAUGCAAAUUUAGUGAAGAGGCAACAAUAUUAAAUUUUUUAGUAGCAAAACACCAAAAGAAUGGUUUGGAAAAGCCUAAAUGCAAGACUGUUUGUCGUGGCAUAAGUCAAGCUAGAAAAGACACUCUUAUAAACCGACUUCGUGGUAUUAUUCCCGUUACUAGAAUACACUUUUGGAAUAAUUUGCCUGUUUCCGAAAAUCCUGUAUAA